ACCUUCAUUCAUUGCACUUAUAAUGAAUUUGACGGAAGAAGAUUUAAUUUUCAUGGAGAAAUGUUUUCAGAGACCAAUUUUAGAAUUCGAAAAAUUGAUAAGUUUCUCGGGAACUCCAACUGUUGUUUGGCGUCGAACUGGAGAAAUUGCAUUGGUCAUGGAUAAUCAAUCUGCGGUAGAAUAUUGGGAAAAAUUUGCUUGUCACGCUUUUAAUAAUUCAAGACAAUCGGUUAUGACUACAUGCAUUUUGAUUCGACCUUCCGGAAUUCCAGUUCCAUGUGCAUUUUGUUUUACUAUUAAACGCGAUAUAUUUGAUAUUCCAUUGGCUAUUGUGGGAAAU